AUGGAUGAUCUAAACUGUUGUUCCGUAGGCUUGAUCCAUUCAACCUAUAGGUCAAGAUCCAAGAAGCCCGGCAAUGAGCCCGGUUACGUUGAGAUGACGCCACCCAAAGGAAGGGUUAAUCUCAAGCUGAUGGCAACAGGCGAGAUUACCAGUCGAGGUGGAAUGGGGUAUUAUCCACCCAAAGUGGGCGUUGCGAAACCUGAAUUGAGCAAGUGCACCAGAGGGGCGCUUGUGAAUACGCGAGGCUUCAGAAGGCACUCAGGGCUCACUUUACACUCGUCCGUCCUCUCGCUAGUCCCUAAGACCUCCUUGGAGGUUAGCGACAUCGCCGGACACCAUCGAGACACCUGCGGGUUGCCAUUGGUCCCCGGAGCGUCAUGGACACAUUCGGAUCGGUACGAAGAGCAACAUGUGCACUUGGUUCACUCUCUUGGCGCGUCUUCGGUCCGAGACGUUGGCUUCGGCGAUGAUGCUGACAUUGGCGUUGACGUCAACGAGCUUGUAACUGUCCCGCCCGUCGUUACAAGCAUCGUCAGAACCAGAAGCCAUCAUUUACGAAUAAUUCUGGAAAAGCAAUAA